UUUCUCCUUUCUUUUUCUCUUAUAUAUAUGACCCUCUUAACUGCUUCUAUAAAUGCCCACCUCUGCUAUCCAACAGCGCCUGUAAAGAAAAAAUCUUUGAAUUAGGUGGUGCGCGUAAUUAAUAUUGAUAGGCAGGCAGCGGUGGUGGCGGCCAGUAAGGGUCGACAUACAUGGCCAGUAGUACCGGAGCCGCGGCGGAGGGACUGUUGAGAUGUGUGUACGAGGGUUGCAUUGCAGGCUGUGACACUGGGAUUGAGCGCCGGCCUUACCAUCGGAAUUGUGCAUGUGCCCUCCACAAUAAGUCGCGUAAAGCUGGUAGCUCCAAUGCUGCAUACUCGGCCUGGUGCUGCAAAAAGAACGUAUCCUACCCCAUCAGGAGGUCCUGGAGUGAAAGAUCCUUGGCCUUGCAAUCAGCUUCUUCUUCUAGUCAUUCAAGUUCGCCUUCUUCUUCACCAGCGCCUGUGGUGCCGGUGGGGGCUGCCGCAGAACGCAGGGAGGCCUCAUCAUCGGUCGAGUUUGUGUGAUCAUAUUCAUGUAGAUGAUCAGGAUGAGUAUGUUUUAUUAUUCAAGAUCUGAAUCUGGCUAUAUAUUGUUCUUUGAAUGAUGAUCAUCAGUACGUAUAAUUCAGUUCUUUGAAGAAAUAUGAAUAUGAUGGGUUAAGAUUUGUCAUGAACGUAUGGUUUAAUUAUGUUUAUAGACCCACAAGAGGAUCUUAUAUA